GAGAUACAAACGUGAAAGUAAUUUAACAGAUUGUAAACAUAACUUUCUCCGACGCUUCCACGAAUAAACGCUGUAUAUUUACUUUUUUCCCCUCUUUUCCCAGAUGCUGACGCUGUGUGAUAAUACGUUAGGUUAAGGGCGCUCGAAGAGAGACGUCCGGCGAUUUGCGGCAGCAAAUGUUGACCCUGAGUGAAGACAAGCCCCGCCUCCUCGUGUGCAAACUGAUGCCAUGCUCCACAAAAUGCACGUUGCGUUUGUGCAACGCUCUACGCCGUCUCCUCCCUCCUCCACCCCAAGCUCCUCCCAUCACCGCCGCCUUCCCGACAGUAGCUCAUCCCACACUCUCACUUUGCGUAACCACACCAGGCAGCAAGAUGAGGGGCCGGGCGGCGCUCCUUGCUCUUCAUCGCUGACGCCGAGCUCGCUCGCUGGCGCACACACACGCACAGAGCGGAGGCAAGCAUGGGGAUGCAGCCGCGAGACAGAGUUGCGUCCGAUUACCUGUCAGAUGUCCGAUGUCCGUCACGACAUUGGCUGUCACGCGGUCGAUCCUUCGAAGAACAAAGCGCUUGGAAGCCGACGCAUCGCCGAUGGAUUUGUGAUGGUCCCAUGAUGCUGAGGCAUGAAGACCAGACGUUCCUCCGGGAGCAGCGGAGAAGGUGCGCGCCAAGCAGGGUUCAUCUUCUGCGGCGCACCAUCAGCGUGCCAGCAGAGACGCUCUUCCCUGAGCUGCGCAGUCAGCCGUCCACUGAGAGCGAGUCGCCUCCAGAGAGGACCGGGCGCCGACGCAGCAUGCCGGGCAGCCCGACGGACAAGAACCCGCCCGGCAUGGAAGCCACGUCCGCCGGCGGCGCCGCCACGCCUUUCCGAGUCACCGGCUUCCUGAGCCGGCGUCUGAAGGGCUCGAUAAAGCGCACCAAGAGUCAGCCCAAACUGGACCGUAACUCCAGCUUCAGGCACAUCCUCCCUGGCUUCAGGAGCGUGGACAAUGACAGAUCUCAUCUGAUGCCAAGGCUGAAGGAGUCUCGCUCCCAUGAGUCACUGCUCAGUCCCAGCAGCGCUGUGGAAGCCCUGGACCUAAGCAUGGAGGACGAGGUCAUCAUCAAGCCCGUGCACAGCAGCAUCCUCGGGCAGGACUACUGCUUUGAGGUGACGACCUCCUCGGGAAGCAAGUGCUUUUCCUGCCGCUCGUCGGCCGAGAGAGACAAAUGGAUGGAGAAUCUGAGGAGGGCGGUCCAGCCAAACAAGGACUAG